UAUCAAAAAUAGAUAAAAAUCAUACAGGUAAAUAAAUGACCAACAAGCUGCAGCAAAACAUGUUUUCAGUCCCUACAGCGAUGAUUCAGUAUUUUUCUCUUUUGUUCCAACGUAUUUUUGCCUAAUGUUUUGCGCUAGGUACCGCCGAGGAUUGCAAUUUUUGAAAAAUCGUAAACACAUCUCUGACAGCUUCCAACGAACACACGCACACACAUGCAAAACGGCAAUCGUAUGUCGGAAUGACAGUCUCAUCACGCACACCACCAUAGUACGGAGGAUUGGUUGCGCGUGUGUGCGAUUGUUUAUUCGAAAUUAUUUAAGCACUCGCAGCCUCUGUGAUGGCGGGUCAAUUACUCGAAUAAAGCGCAAAGCAACGGAACGGUCGCGAAGGAGCUGCUGGCUGCAGAAAUUUUUCCAUUCGCACAUUUGAAAUACAGUCUCGCAAGGCCAACGCGCGAAACCGAAGUGAAAUAAAGCGUUGUUUCCAUAUAAACUUUACGGCAUUUGAUCUAACGCAAGUGGACACAAAGAAGAGUGCAAAUAACACGAUAACGGCUUGGUUGCAAGAUUAUAGUCAGUGUCGCAGGGUAGCGCUUUGAGAAGGGGAUUUAUUAGUUCAGUGAAAAAAGGUGGUGUGUGAAAGCCGUCUACCACCGUUCCAGACGAAUCUCGUUGUGUUUUUCUUGCCGUUUCUCACUCCAAACUAAACCAACCCGAAAAUGCCUCCAUCGCGUCUGGAUGGGCUCUAUCGGUCGCUGCUGCUGACCAAGUUCUUCUGCAAAGGCUGGGGCAAACCGGAAAAUCUCGAAAGAUUAUUUGCGUUCCGAAAGAUCAUCUCGAAUCGGGCAGCAUGUUCACAGUUGGUUCCGCGCGAUUAUCCUGUGGAAAUUACCAAGGAAGAAUUACACUCCGACUGCAAAAUACUGGAAGGGAAGUUCAUCUCACCGCUGGAAAUUUACAUGCCCGGGCUGGUGCCGGAUGUGGCGCAGAAUGCUCACUUUCAGAUUUUACUACCGCUCAAGUGGAACGAUGAACGAUAUAAGCCUGUCUGCAUUCAUCUAGCUGGUACUGGCGAUCAUUACUUCUGGAAGCGACGGAAUUUGAUCGCAAAGCCCCUUCUGAAGGAAGCUAACCUCGGGGCGAUUAUCUUAGAAAAUCCAUUCUAUGGUUUGCGGAAGCCGAAAGAGCAACGUGCGUCCAGCUUACAAAACGUAUCAGACAUAUUCGUCAUGGGUGGCUGCUUGGUGCUGGAAUCGCUCGUACUGUUAAACUGGUGCGAACGAAACGGGUAUGGUCCGCUCGGCAUUACUGGUCUGUCGAUGGGUGGCCAUAUGGCAUCACUAGCUGCAACAAACUGGCCAAAACCGCUAGUACUCGUACCCUGCCUGUCGUGGUCGACGGCAUCGUCCGUGUUUACCGAGGGUGUCAUGAGCCAUUCCAUCAACUGGGACGUGCUGGAGACACAAUACUUCGCCGACGGUAACUUCCGCGAGCGGCUCUCGAAAAUGGUCACCGUAGUGGACGAUGCAUUCGUGGCAGGCAAGCAUUUUAUACAGAACUUUAAUCAAUCCGUCGAAGAGCUACGGUUAGACAUCAACGAAACGAAAGAUCUGGUCUGCGGUGAUCCAUCCUCGGACGUGAACUUGACCGUUAUCCGCGAAACGACACCAGAGCGUGAGCAAAAGCAAUCGACCAAUCUCAUCCACAUAAACCGGACGAAUGCGCUCAACCUGUCCGAACCAUUGCUCAACAAGCUGCUCUCGAACGUGCGGUGCGAACUGACGCAGGAAGAGAUCGAUGAGCUGAAUGGGAAAAUUCAUCUCGCCCUGAAACGACACAAUGAGGAAAUGCAGGCAGAAGGCAACAAUGGUUCGUCAACCGCCAAUGGCAAAUUAAUUCUCGAGGUGAAAGCAGAAGAAAAAGAUGCAACAACGACGGUUGCUGCGGCACCGCCCAAAUCAGUCGGUUCCAAAAUUAUGCAAUACAUAAGCUGGGGUUCCUCAUCGAACGCAUCGUCCGAAGGUACGAAUACGGAAAAGCGUAUCCCGAUCGAUACGACCAAACAGCGCUGGUGGGAACGGGAAGCGUUGCAGUUUAUGCGCGGCAUGAUGGAUGAAUGUACGCACCUGAAGAACUUCUCCGUACCGUACGACACCUCGCUUAUCAUUGCCAUCUGCGCGAAGGAUGAUGCGUACAUUCCGCGGGAUGGUUGCAUGAGCUUGGAGGACAUUUGGCCGGGUGCCGAAAUUCGCUAUCUCGAUGCCGGACAUGUCAGUGCGUACGUACUGCACCAGAAACUGUUCCGCUCGUGCAUUGUGGAAGCAUUUGAAAGGGCGAAGAAAAAGUGGGUCCCGGAAGGGGAACAGCUGCGCGGACAGGUGAACGGUGUCGGGACUGGACCGCGACCGGUUGAUAAUGAAACCGAAGGUCCAGCAAAGUAAGCAACUGUCAGUUCGGUUGGUGAAAGUGGGCCAACACAGGAAACCAAAGAUAUUUUACGAGGAGAGACAACUCUCGCUCUUCUCUCCCGUACAGUUUGGGGGAAAAAUCCUCCGAAGUCAUUGUAAACGGAGGCCUGAGGGAGUUCCCCAACGCUCGGGAUACAGUGCAAUGAGCAGUUUUUUUUGGGAACUCCACAAAAACGAUCCGCUCAAAGGUUCUUGUGCCGGUUACGAUAAGUUCCAGGGAAGGUUUUCUUACUACGGAACCCAUUUGGAACCGGUCACAUGAAAAAGAAGAAAACACGCACACACGAUCAAAUAAGCCACGCACACGGGAAAUGAACCGAAUAUGCAACAAAUUGACGUAAUAUCGUAAAACUUGGGUUUACGGUACACUACUUCCAACGUGUGACUGGCAAAACGGGGUUUCAAGGUUGUGAUAAUGCCGUAAUUGUGCAUGCAAAUGCGUAAAUUUGAACCAGAAACAGAGAGAAAGAUAGAAAAUGAAAGAGAGAGAGAGAGAUGUUACAUUCUGAUUUUUAAGCUAGAUUAAGAUAAGCGCGCACGGACUGGCAUGAGGGAAAAGAGUUUGAAGCAAGUGUUCGUUAAUAGGUAUUCAUUUGUUAUGCCAUCUUUUAAGUCGUAAAGUCCUAUAUUUAAUUAAAUACGCUCAUGAAACUACGUAUAGACCAUUAUAUUCGAGUAUUUUCAAAACAUUCAUAAUUGUUAAACGCGAUGUAGUAAAGCCUUUGCAAUCGUGCUGCGUUGCAUCGAUUUCAUUACGGUUGUUUUCAGUACCGUGCUUUACGUGUUUUUGCUCAUUCUGUUUACUCUCAGUAGCUUUAAUUUCGUAUCAAAGAUGUCAGAUCAUUUACGCUUGAUAAUAAAGUUGUUGCAAUAAGUACAAACGGAAAA